AUGGAGUCAUCACAGUCUAAUGGAGUCAUCACAGUGAUGAUGGGUCCUGCUUCAGCCAUAAUGAACCGCCUCACCGUGCUGGGAGCUCCAUCAAUCCAGCAGGGACUACAAAUAAUCCAGGGUCACCCCACUACCGCCAGUCAUCCAACCACCACCACCAGUCAUCCAGCCACCACCAGUCAUCCAGCCGCCGCCAAUCAUCCAACCACCACCAAUCAUCCAACCGCCAUCACCAGUCAUCCAACCACUGCCACCAGUCACCCCACCACCACCAGUCAUCCAACCGCCGCCAGCCACCCCACCACAUUCAGUCAUCCAGCCACCGUGAAUCAUCCAACCGCCACCAAUCAUCCAACCACCGCCACCAGUCAUCCAACUGCUGCCACCAGACACCCCACCGCCGCCAGGCCAGUCACCCCACCGACAGCAGCCAUCCCACCAUCAACAAUCAACCCGACGCAGCUGGCAAUCAUCCCAAUGGCCUCAAUUUGGCAGUAGCCCCUUAUCCCACCAAUCAGCUUCACCACAGGAUCCAAUAAUGCAAACUUUCACAAGGAACUGGGUGAUCCCUAGAGUUCCCACGCCUCCCAUGCCUCUCGAGAACUGGGAGCUAGCAAACUCAGAGGAGAACCCUAGGAAUUGGGGAUUGCUGAAUUCUGGUCAAAACCAGACUCCAACGCCAGCUUCCCUUCACAAGAAUUGGAGUCCCUAGCCCGGAUUGAGCUGUGGGAGAAUAAGGAGGAGAUAGUUAUCCUCAGGUUUACAAUGCAGUUGAACCUGAGGAUAAUCCACCUCCUCCUUACAACCCUGAGUGGGGAGUUGCCUUCAGAGACAGAAAACAGCAAGCAGGCAGUCCCCCACCUGCCAAGGAGAUUUUAGAUUAUGAAAUGGAUGAAGAGGUUCGGUUGGAUGAAGCAGCUGGGACA